UGCAUACUGCACACUGCAGACGCUGUGGCAGUGCACCCGUUAAGAGGAGCUUAUAUAGUAUAGUUUUGCGCAUAUUUGUUAUUGUAUUUCCAACCAAAGAUUAAAGUGCUCGGUUUACGUGUUUUUGCUGUCAGUCUUCUGCGUGUGUGUGGUCUUCGAACAACUGUGAACAUGCCCAAAAGAGCCAAGAAGAACGAGGAAUCUGUGGAUGGGGAGACUGACAAUGGAACUGCACCUACAAAGAAAGAGAAAAAGGGGAAAGAACCAGAAGCCCCAAUUCUGUAUGAAGAUCCCCCAGAUAAGAUGACCAGCAAGGAUGGCCGUGCCGCCAACAUGAAGAUCACCUCAUGGAAUGUGGAUGGCCUGCGUGCAUGGGUGAAAAAGAACGGCCUUGAUUGGGUACGUCAGGAGGAUCCAGACGUGCUGUGCCUGCAGGAAACAAAGUGUGCUGAGAAAGCACUGCCAGCUGAUAUCAAGGACAUGCCUGAGUAUCCACACAAGUACUGGGCUGGAUCAGAGGACAAGGAGGGUUACAGUGGUGUGGCAAUGCUGUGCAAGACUGAACCACUCAAUGUCACCUAUGGUAUUGGUAAGGAGGAACAUGAUAAAGAGGGACGGGUGAUCACUGCUGAGUUUCCAGCUUUCUUCCUGGUCACGGCAUACGUGCCCAAUGCCAGCCGCGGUUUGGUGAGGCUCGAUUACCGCAAGAGCUGGGAUGUAGAUUUCCGGGCCUACUUGAGCGGCUUGGACCAGCGUAAGCCCUUGGUGCUGUGCGGUGAUCUGAAUGUGGCCCACCAAGAGAUUGAUCUUAAAAACGCCAAGGGUAACCGCAAGAACGCCGGCUUCACCCCUGAGGAACGAGAUGGCUUCACUCAGCUUCUAGCGGCCGGUUUUACCGACAGUUUCCGGGAGCUGUAUCCGGAACAAGCCAAUGCCUACACCUUCUGGACCUACAUGAUGAACUCUCGGGCCAAGAAUGUGGGCUGGCGUUUGGACUACUUUGUGCUGUCAGCCGCCCUGCUGCCAGGCCUGUGUGACAACAAGAUUCGAAACACUGCCAUGGGGAGUGACCACUGCCCCAUCACCCUGUAUCUGGCCGUGUAGAUCAGGUCUCAUACACUAUAUCAGGGGCCACAUGCACCCAAACAUCCUCUGCAUUGAUACAGAGUCCUAGCCCUAGAUUAGCAUUUCCUUUCUAAAAACACUGGUCCAGAUUUACUGUAGACAUAUCUGUGGAGCAGACAAGUGUGUCAUAGUUAAUCAGUCAAUUUGUUCUGUAGUUUUGAUGCUUUUUCCUAUCUGUUAAUAUUGCUCUCUUAAAAUCCUCACCAUAGUCAGAAUAAUAAAGGCAUUUGGCCCUUAUAUUUUGUUUUAGAAAAGCCAUACAAACUGUUAUCUAAAUGAUAAACCCUGCAAAAACUACUGUAAUAAACAUUGUCUGGAUAUUGUGAUUAUAGCAAAAUAUUUCUGAAGCUUGUAAAAUACCUUCUCAUGCUGAUCAAUUUGUACAAGCUUCUUUACAAGAGUCUUUGGUGCUAUUUUAACUUUUGACAUUUACAAUAAGUCUGAUUUAUUGCAAUCUAGUGGUGGUUAAAUAUUGUUAAAUAUUAAAUAAAAUAAAAAUCCCUGUACUUCAAAUGAUUUUGGAGAUGUUUUUGCUUUCUGUCUGUAACCAUUUUUGAGGCUUUGAAAUAAA